AUGAACGGACCAAGAGAGCGCGGAGAGCAUAGGCCAGGCGCUGCGCCCCGGGUAGGAGGAGGAGAAGGAGGAGGGGGGCUGCUGGUCCCGGCCUCCGCGCCCUGCCUGCCACCCACCCACCACCUGCCUCCCGCCUACCCGGACGAGGAGCCGCCCAUCCUGGGCAUCUACACGUGCCACAUGUGCGGCUUCAAGAGCGGCAACAAGAUCGAGCUGAACAACCACGUGCGCGUCCACACGGGCGGCUGGCCCUACGUGUGCGCGCUCUGCGACUACAAAACCCGCCGCAGCAACGACCUGAAGCGGCACGAGCUGACCCGGCACCAGGGGGGCGUGCUGCGGCCCUUCCGCUGCGACCUGUGCCAGUACCGCACCACGCACGCCGUCCUCCUGCGCAGGCACCGCGCGGCCAAGCACCCCGCCCCUUAG